CGGCGCCCGGGAAGCCCAGCCGGCUCCGCCGGGCCAAGCGCUGGACGCAUCUGGGAGGAUGGAGCCGGUGGUGCCCGAAGCCGGCGAGACGGAAGAUGGGUCCAGCGAGGGGGAAGGCCGGUCGGAGGAGUCGGAAGAGGAGAGCGACGGAGCGGGCAACGGGAACUCCCCGGGGUCCCCGUCCGGGCGGGACGCCUCAGAGAUCGGCGGGGAAGCCUGCGGGAGCGUGGCGUCGUCGACCUCCGCCUCCCAGAGCCCCCUGAAAAAAGCCAGGCCCCCGGAGGACUCGGAUGUCGGGAGCAGGAAGAAGAGGCAGAAACCGAGGCUCCUGGCCAUCAAUCUGACCAACUGCAAAUAUGAGAGCGUGCGCCGGGCGGCCCGGCUGUGCGGCCUGCAGGAGGUCGGGGAGGACGAGGAGUGGACGGUGUACUGGACCGACUGCUCCGUCUCGUUGGAGCGGGUCAUGUACAUGAAGAGGUUUCAGAAAAUCAACCACUUCCCAGGCAUGACGGAGAUCUGCCGCAAAGACCUGCUGGCCCGGAACCUCAACCGCAUGUACAAGCUGCACCCUGCCGAGUACAACAUCUUCCCCCGCACCUGGUGCCUGCCUGCCGACUACGGGGACUUCCAGGCCCACGGGCGCCUGAGGAAGAGCCGCACCUACAUCUGCAAGCCGGACAGCGGCUGCAGGGGCCGAGGCAUCUUCAUCACCCGCAACCCCCGGGAGAUCAAGCCCGGAGAGCACAUGAUCUGCCAGCAGUACAUCUCCAAGCCCUUCCUCGUCGACGGCUUCAAGUUCGACCUGCGCGUCUACGUGCUGAUCACCUCCUGCGACCCGCUGCGGAUCUUUGUGUACGAGGAGGGCCUAGCCCGCUUCGCCACCCUGCCCUACGUGGAGCCCAGCGUCGGCAACCUGGACGACGUCUGCAUGCACCUGACCAACUACGCCAUCAACAAGAACAACGAGAACUUCAUCCGAGACAGCACGACAGGCAGCAAGAGGAAGCUGUCCACGCUGAACGCCUGGCUGAAGGAGCACAGCUUCGACUCGUCCAAGCUGUGGGAGGACAUCGAGGACGUCAUCAUCAAGACCGUCAUCUCUGCCCACUCGGUCCUGCGUCACAACUACCGCACCUGCUUCCCCCAGCACCUGGGCGGCGGCACCUGCGCCUGCUUUGAGAUCCUCGGCUUUGACAUCCUCCUCGACCGCAAGUUGAAGCCCUGGCUGCUGGAGGUGAACCACUCGCCCAGCUUCACCACAGACUCACGCCUGGACCGGGAAGUGAAGGACGCCCUGCUCUGCGACGCCAUGACCCUCGUCAACUUGCAGAGCUGCGACAAGAAGAAAGUGUUGGAAGAAGACAAGCGGAGGGUCAAGGAGCGCCUCACGCAGGGCCACCAGCCGCCCCGAGAAGCCAGGCGGGAGCAGAUGGAGCUGUCCAAUGCCAUCUGGCUGGACCAGGAGAUCAAGUACGAGGACUCUCACCUGGGCGGCUACCGGCGCAUCUACCCUGGGCCCAACGCCGACAAGUACACGCCCUUCUUCAAAUACAACGGUUCCCUCUUCCAGGAGACGGCUGCUUCCAAGGCCAGGGAGGAGUGUGCCAGGCAGCAGCUGGAGGAGAUCCGCCUGAAGCAGGAGCAGCGAGAGGUAUCUGGCAAGAGAAAGAAGGACAAGGAGGCCAGCCAGGGCGAGCAGACCCAGGAAAAAGCCAGGCCCUGGACUGGGGCCAAGGGUCCUCUCGUUCGCAUGACCUACGUCGGCUCCCAGGCCCAGGACAAGCAGGUGCCGCCCCGGCCGAGGACAGUGGGGCUUCCGGAACGGGAGGCGGGAGGAGCAGCCGCCGAAGAGCUCCCAUGCCAGCCUCCACAGCUGAACACCAUGAAGCCCCAGGACAUCGUGGAGGAGGAGGAGCUGGAGCGGAUGAGGGCCCUCCUGCAGAGGGAGGAUCUCAUCCGGAGCCUGGGCAUCGCGGACCACCUCUCCCGCCUGCUGGGCUCCAAGUACCAGCCGCAGGCCCGUUUCCCCGAGAGGCAGCCCAGAUUCCUGCAGGACGUGUUCGGGGGGCGGGAGCUGCACGCGACCGUGAACCUGGUGCCCCUGACCAUCCUGAGGACGCGGUCCAUCCAGCUGGACCCCGAGCUCAGCCCGCUAACCCGGCCUCGCCACUUCAGCCCCAGCAUCCUGGGGCCGUUAGCCGGGAUGCGGGUGACCGUCCCCCACUCCUCCCAGUGCCACCUGGACCCCAAGAGCCUCUCCUGGGUGAGGGGCACCUCGGUGGUCAACCCCCCCCGCCCGCUGGCAGCGAAGAAGGCAGAGGGGCAUCAGUCUGCCAGCGCCAGGGGCCGGCUGGAAAACCCUGCCGAGAGCCAGUCCAGCAGCGGGUUGGAAGCCGUGAGUCGGAGCCUGGCGGGGCUGGUGCCCGUGUCCCUGACCCCCGGGCGCAGCUACCCGCGGCCGGCCAGAGAGGCCGGCGCCGCGUGGGCCGGCUUCUCCACC